GCCUUUAGUCCUUACCUCGUCCCGAUCCUUCACUCACCGGCAGAGAAGCUCAGAACGCGCAAAGGAGAAGCCAUGAGGAACACACUGCUGAGGAUGCUGGCCGCCCUGAUGUGCGUACUCGCUGUCUGCGCCGACGUCGCGCCUGUACAGGACUUCGACCUGGAGAAGAUGGCAGGCAAGUGGUACAUUGUUGGCUUUGCCACUAACGCUCAGUGGUUCGUGAACAACAAGGCGGGGAUGAAGGUGGGCACUGCCAUGUUAGUGCCAACUGCUGGAGGAGACCUGGACCUCUCUUAUGCCAACCUGAAAGAUGACGGUACCUGCUGGAGAAUGACUCAUCUUGCUAAAAAAACAGACACUCCUGGACGCUUCACCUUCCACAGCCAGGUUUGGAACAAUGACAACGACAUGCGCAUUGUUGAUGUUGUGUACGAUGACUACGCUGUGAUCCACACUAUCAAGACAAAGGACGGAGAGUCUGAGGUCCUCAACAAGCUUUACAGUCGCGCUCCUGAGGUCAAUGUCAACCUGCAGCAGAAGUUCACACAGUUCUCCAAUGAGACUGGCAUCCUUCCCGACAACAUUGUCAUCUUGCCUAAGAGUGCCGAGUGUCCCGAGGUCUGAAGACUCCCCUGUCAUCCUCCACCCCUUGCUCUCUGAAGUCCCGGAAUUUCAUCUCACAAGAGAUUCUUAUUUAAUCCCCCUCACUAUGAUGUCUGCAGUAUCACAAAGCUGCACUUGCGACAAUGAAAGGCAAGCAUUUAACUAUAACCCCUGCUGCUACCAAAGACCGAUCCUGAUUCUAAUUUAGUCCUCAUUCUCUCUCAAACUCACGCAUUAACUGUGAGACUGUGAAAGCUGUCCGUUUACUUUUUGUACAAGCAUAUCUUUUGGAACUGCUGAUUUUCUUUUGUAGUGUUUUAUCUUUUGUUGAAAUAAACGCAAAUCCAAUAAAAGUUAUAAACACGUG